UCACCAUUUCACAGAAAUCCCACAAGAAAUUACAAUUACAAUAUCAUGGAGAGUGUUAACAAGUUGUGUGUAGCAUUUUUUAUCAUCAGCAUGAUGGUGGCGAUGGCCGCGGCGCAGAGUGCUACGAACGUGAGGUCAACAUACCAUCUGUACAACCCGCAGAACAUCAACUGGGAUUUGAGAACUGCCAGCGCUUACUGCGCUACUUGGGAUGCUGACAAGCCGCUCGAGUGGCGCCAAAGGUAUGGCUGGACUGCUUUUUGUGGUCCUGCUGGACCUACUGGCCAAGCUGCUUGCGGUAGAUGCUUGAGGGUGACCAACACAGGAACGGGAACACAAGCAACGGUGAGAAUAGUAGAUCAAUGCAGCAAUGGAGGGCUUGAUUUGGAUGUGAACGUGUUUAACCAAUUGGACACUGAUCGACGGGGCUACCAGCAGGGCCACCUUAUAGUCAACUAUGAAUUUGUCAACUGCUAAUGACUAAGCUGGUAGCUAGCUCUGCCUAAAAAAGUGCCAUAUUUAUGUCAUCAAUAAUAAACCACGAUCGAGAUUGAUUUCAUACUAUUAUCGAGAUUGAUGUUUAGAAUAAAAGGGACUGAGCUUUUAAUUAAUAGUAUAAACAAUUAUAUUAUCUGGAAGCUCUAUAUGUACCUUGGAUACUCUUUUAAGAUUAAUAAAAGAAUGUCACUUAGUACUA